AUGAAUUUAAUUGACACCGUAACUGAUAAUGUAACAAAUAUCUGUUGUGGUGUUCUAUGUUACAAAUUAAAUAAUAUCAGUACAACUGCACCACAUGAAAGUCUUUUAUUACCAGAUGCUCAAUAUUAUGUACGAAACAAAUUAGCUGAAAGCUAUAAAGAAGUUCCAAAAGAUUUUACGUUUAUCAAUAAAUGCAUAUCAAGAUUCAUUUAUAAUGUUAACCACUUAGGUGCUGUUCCAUUGGAAACAAGCGAUGGUAUAUUUAUUAAUUUAAUCGAACAGCAAGUGUUCAAUCGAAUGAAUGACAAGCUUUCAGAUCACCGCCAAAGACGUUAUAAAGUGGCGGACAAAAUUUUAAGGCACCUUUUGCUUUUCAUUUUUCUGCGUGAAAGAUCACUCAUUAUCGACAUCCGAAUAGUGAUUUGGAUAGCUCUCAGAGCGUGCUACAAAUCUGAAGUGAUAAGAAAACUUAAGCUCAGCUGUUUUCGUUUUUGUGACAGAAAUCGUUUUUGCCCAGCGGACAAAAUUUUAAGGCACUUUUCGAUAUCUUUGCUUUAUUUUCGUGAAAUUCUACAGAAAUACAAUUUCUUUCACAAGAAGUGACCACCUUUCGCUUUUAAACACUUUCGUAUUCGUUCUGGCAUUGAUUCGACCAACUUGAUGCAUAAAUCGAUAUCAAUGUUGUCCCAUUCCUCCU